GUCACCUGCGGGGACCGGCUCGUGGUGCGGUGGGACAGGAAGUGGGGCGUCCCCUACUCCGGUUCACCCCGCAGCACGGCGCCGCUGGCCUCGGGAAAAGGCACCCGUGGGCCGGCGAGGCGCCCCCUCCGCGUGUGACCCCGAAACUCGGGCUCCGGCUGCCGCUGCCCUCCCAGUGUCAAGAGAGUCUGUUCCUAUCAAUUACUGAAGCCAUAAGGAAAAAAAAUUGAGCUAUCAUGAUGAGGUGUUACCACAUCUGCAAACUUCCCGGCCGAGUGCUGGGCGCCCGCGUGCUCCGCCUCUCUCUGGUGGCCAUCCUCGUGCUGCUCCUGGUGGCUGGGGCGCUGACCACUCUCCUUCCCAACAACAAAGACGACAAGAUGCUGUCGUGGCGGAGGGAGGUGAAGGCCCAGGGCCAGUCCGCCCUGGCUUCCUUCACUCUCAUCAUGCAGACGUACAACAGGUCUGAUCUGCUGCUGCGGCUGCUCAAUCACUACCAGGCGGUGCCGCAGCUGCACAAAGCCAUCGUGGUGUGGAACAAUGUUGGGGAGAAGCCACCGGAGGACUUGUGGAACUCUCUGGGGCCGCACCCCGUGCCCGUGAUCUUCAAACCCCAGACCACCAACAGGAUGAGAAAUCGGCUCCAGGCCUUCCCAGAACUGGAGACCCAGGCCGUGUUAAUGGUCGAUGACGACAUGCUAAUUAGCGCCCAAGACCUUGUGUUUGCUUUCUCCGUUUGGCAGCAAUUUCCUGACCAAAUUGUAGGAUUUGUCCCCAGGAAGCAUGUUUCCACUGCGUCAGGCGUCUACAGCUACGGAGGCUUUGAGCUGCAGACACCGGGCGUGGGGGACGGUGACCAGUACUCCAUGGUGCUGAUUGGGGCCUCGUUCUUCAGCAGCAAGUACCUCGAGCUCUUCCAGAGGCAGCCCGCAGCCGUCCACGCCCUGAUCGAUGACACACAAAACUGUGAUGACAUUGCCAUGAACUUCCUCAUUGCCAAGCACACGGGGAAGACUUCGGGGGUGUUUGUAAAGCCUGUGAACAUGGGCAACUUGGAGAAAGAAACCAGUGGGGGCCAUUCGGGAAUGUGGCAUCGAGCAGAGCACUUCCUGCAGAGGUCUUACUGCGUCAAUAAGCUCGUCAGCGUCUACGGAGGCAUGCCCCUCAAGUACUCCAACCUCAUGAUCGCUCAGUUCGGCUUUCCCUAUGCCAACCACAAAAGUAAGCUGUGAAUGCCAAGCAGAAACAAACCUCACACAGCUUAGCAGUUGAGUAGCUUCUUCACACUGGUUGCUUGUUUGUUUGUUUUUAAAGCAACAUCAUGAACCUUUAUCCACUCUGGAACCUUUAUCCACAAAGGAAAAAAUUGCAGCACUCCUUGGAUGUAAAAGCCACAUGAACUUCAAAACCCAAGAGUCAGGGAGGUCUUCUUGUGAGUAGUGUUCCUGGACAUAACUCCUGGGUCAGUGACUUGAUCAUGCAUUCUGAAAUGGCCCUAUGGUUUCUCUAAUGCCUGGCAUUUGCCUUAAGGACCCAUCGUGAGCUGUUCCAGGAUUAGAAGCGUUUCAGCUUUUCAUUAAAGGACAGUCACUAAAGGCACAAGGAAUGGUGGGUCUCACCCGUAUCACACACUGGAACUUUCCUGACUCGGGGUUCAGCGUCCCUGUGGUGCCUCAGCCAGCCUUCCCAGGGCUGACUCAACCUGGCUCGGCUUUGGGGCAACCAUCGUGCUUUUCUUUCUGUCCAUAAGACUUCUGGACUCUGGGCUUCCUGUAAUAGCUGAAGGACGUCUCUGUUCUGCUUGAUCUCCAUGAACGUUUCCUGCAUGGAUCACGGGAAAGUGCAGCUACUGUUUUUAUAAGCAGCUAACAUGCGGCGAAGAGUCGAUGUUUUACCAGGUUCAGGUGGUGCAUUUUUGUCACUGAGCCUGACCUCGAGAUGGUACAUUGGUUUUUAUAUUUUAUAAAAUAUCCCUUCUGAAAGAAUGUUGAGUAGGCACAGGCGGAAGUCGAAACUCUAGUAUCAAAAGAUCUUUACUGUUGGGGUAUAGGUUAUCACAUGGAAGCUAGAGUCCUGUGUGUUAUACACAGUCUUGCAUUCAGAACUUUUUUUUUUCCUCCC